AUGUCCGUCAAAGGUAUCACUAAAAUGCCUUCACUGGAGUUCCACCCGAUGGUCCCUCGCACACCCAAGACACCCGCUCGAAGUGUCUUUACGUUCGAAGGCCAGACAUGCGUGACCCCGAUGUCGGCUGCCUUUGACCACGAUAUCCCUCCUCGGCCGGGAGCGCCCACGCCAUUGGCCGCGAUGUUCGGUGGAUCGGUGUAUGAUGCUGCUGGGCAGAGUACGCCUCUGGGCUUUCCGUCCAAGUUUCCUUCAGUUAAACGAGAAGAGGACGAUCCGGAGUUAAUCUUCGCGGCGCGGUCAAAGAACAAGUCGGUCACACAACCAUCCCGUCUCGUCGCCGCCCUCGGCCUUCGCGCCCGCCAAUUCGAAUCCAAUUCUGAGAACUCUGAUUCCGACGAUGACCUGUUCUUCGACGCAUCUGGGUCAGGCAAUGACUCUCUCUUUGGUGAACUCGAACUCGACGAUGAAGCGUGGUCCUCGGACGGCGUCUAUGGAUCGGAUUACGAGAACGAACUGGAGGAGGACGAUGAGAAGGACUAUGUGAGUGGCCAUUACUCGGAGAACGAAGGAGAACUGUCGACUGUAUUGGAGGAUGCGGAGGAAGAAGACUCGGAGGGGCUGAAGGACGACCCGGAACUGGCUCCCGACGCGAGCUUGGAAACGGUCAAAGAGGAUUGCAUUGGAGGAGUUUCGGAGCCUAGCAAGGAGAAGGCAGAUGAACGUACCGCUCAAGAUACAGAAUACGAGUCGCCACACGAGAGGAUACACACGCCGGAUUCCAUUCUGGACGGCGUUGUGCUCAAGAGCCUUCCCAGAGACUGA